ACUUCCGAUAUGGUCGGUCAGCCCGGCUUAAUAAUGCACAGUAUACACAUACAAGCCAAAAUGCGGAUCGGUGGUCGGUAUCUUCUCUCGCCGACCAGCGUCCUGAAGUAGGUCAGUAACUUGCUCUAUGGUAAAGCCAAAGACUAUAAGAACCCCCUCAAAGGUGAAGAUGUCGUAUCCAUCUACUUCCCAGAGCACACUCAGUCGCAAAAACAUUCUUCAAACACCCAACCCAAUUUCUCCACGUUUAUCAUGAGCACUAGAAAUGUCAUCGUCUUCGGCCCGACAGGGAGCGUGGGCUCUGCUGUAGCCCGUACCGCUCAAGCCCACGGCGCUAAAGUAUUCCUUGCUUUACGUGAUACCUCGAAGCCUGUCCCUGGUCUCACUGCCGCCGAAGAGCGAAGCUUGGGAUACGAGAGGGUUCAAGCGGACCUCACCCAACCGAAGUCCGUCCAUGCUGCGGUGUCCAGCACAGGCGCCUCUCAUGCCUUCAUAUAUGCAACCCUUGGAGCUUCACCCGAUCAUAUGCUGUCCACUGUGGAAGCACUCAAAGCAGCAGGAAUUGAGCAGGUUGUCCUCUUGAGCAGCAUCUCUGUGCAUGGCGAUAUCCGGGCUAUCCAGCCAACUGAUUUUAUUGCAUAUGAACAUGCGCAGGUCGAACUGUCGUUGGAAAAUGUAUUCGGGCCCCAGGGAUAUGUCGCUGUUCGCCCUGCGUAUUUCGCGUCGAAUUCGUUCUGGUGGAAGAGACAGAUCCUAGAGGGGGAAGUGAAAUGGGCCUUUCCAGACCUGUGUUUUGAUUUUAUCGCCCCUGAAGAUAUUGGCGCGGUAUCUGGAACGAUCCUCGCCGGCGCUUUCGAGGGCGGAUCUCCAGUUCUUCUUGCUGGACCAGAGACGGAUCUGUCAGUUGCCGGUGCCAUUGAGACUAUUGGACGGGCAAUCAACAAACCGGUGAAAGUGACAAAGGUCAGCUCAGACGAGAACAUCCAAGUGAUGACCGAAAAGUCCGGGGUUCCGGAGCUCGUGGCUCAAACCUUGACAAAAGCCUUUGAGGCAGCGAAUGAGGAUCAAAACUUGAUCGUUGGACAGCUCAGUUCUGAAGUAAGGGCAAACGUCGAGAGGCAUCUCAAGCGGCCCUCUUUGCGCUUUUCCGAAUGGGCGGAAAAGCACAAGGCCGAGUUCGCGGCGUGAUGAUACCUAUGGUGUAGUCAUCCUCAUUCCUGAUGCCAUGCAUGUCCAAUGCGAAUAGCUUUGCCUUACCGUC